AUGACGGAAGCCGACAAGUAUGAGGUCCUGGAGAAGAUCGGCCAUGGCUCCUUUGGAGUUAUCCGGCGAGUGCGGAGAAAGGUCGACGGCAUGGUCCUCUGCCGCAAGGAGAUCAGCUACCUGAAGAUGUCCCAGAAGGAGCGUGAGCAACUGCAUGCAGAGUUCCAGAUCCUCUCCGGCCUGCGACACCCCAACAUUGUCGCCUACUACCACCGCGAGCACCUCAAGCUGUCGCAAGACCUGCACCUCUACAUGGAAUACUGUGGCAACGGCGACCUCGGGCGCGUCAUCCGGGACCUGGCCACCAAGAACCAGUACGCCGAAGAGUCCUUUGUAUGGAGCAUAUUCUCUCAGCUCGUCAUGGCCCUGUACCGAUGUCACUACGGUGUCGACCCGCCCGAGGUGGGCAAGCACGUCCUGGGGCUCGGCGCCAAUGUGAAGCCAAAGGCACCCACCGGAGGCAUGACCAUCCUCCACAGAGAUCUCAAGCCCGAGAAUGUUUUCCUCAACGACGACAACUCUGUCAAGCUCGGCGACUUUGGCCUGUCCAAGAUCAUGUCGUCGCACGACUUUGCCUCGACUUACGUCGGCACCCCCUUCUACAUGUCUCCGGAGAUAUGCGCCGCCGAGAGAUACACACUCAAGUCCGACAUCUGGUCGUUAGGCUGCAUCAUAUACGAACUUUGCACCCGAGAGCCACCCUUCAACGCCAAGUCGCACUUUCAACUUGUCCAGAAGAUCAAGGAGGGCAAGAUUGCCCCCUUGCCCCAGGUCUACUCGUCAGAACUCUCGGCCGUCAUCAAGGACUGUCUGCGCGUCAACCCAGAUCGCCGACCUGACACGGCUCAACUCCUCAACAUGCCGGUCGUCCGACUGAUGCGCAAGGAGAGAGAGGUUGUCGAUAUGAGCAGGAUGCUGAAGAUCAAGGAGGAGACUGCCAACAAGAAGAUGGCCGAGGUCGAGCGCAGACUGGCCAGCGCUGAAUCUGACAAGGCCUUUAUGCGCCAGGAGAUCGAGUCGACGGUGCGGAGAGAAUGGGAAGUCAAGGCACGUCUGGAAAUUGACCGCCUUGUCAACGAGGAGAUGGAGUCUCUUCGAGAGCGAUUCGAGGCAGAAGUCGCAGCACGCGUCCAAGAAGAAAUCCAGAAGAAGACCGUCUCAUUCGGCGUAGUUGAGACCCAGGAGUUCACCUCCUCUCUCUCCAAGUCGGACUACCCGCAGUCGAUCGGUGGACACAGCACAGAUGCCGACGGGGAUUUCCCAUCGACGACCGAUCUCACCGAGCUGUCCAUCGACUCACCUGAGCAGAUCCAGCCGCUCAAGAAGAGUGCGCGCACACCCUUUGGUCGAGCGCAGACCAUGUUUGCCGGCGUUCUUGGCACCCCCAUGGACAUCGAGAUGGCUUCACCUUCCCCCAUGCCGCUCGCAGCUCUGUCCCUAUCACCACGUCGCAACGCCGCUACUAAGGCGCCCACGUCCAACCCAGAUAUUUUUGCCGGCAGAAACGAAGAACGAUUCAGGGAGCCUGAGCCGUUGCUAUCGGAGUCGGAAGAUGACGAUGAUGAGCCUCUCGUGCCAUCCCCUACCCGCAAUGUCCGGUCAUCGAAGAACCCCUUCGGUACCCGACGACCAGCACUUACCACCACCAAAACCGCCCCCAUGGGUCAUGUCAGGACCAAUACCAUCACAAGCCUCAACAAGCCCAUUCCAUCAUUGCCCCCCGUGUCGCAACUUCAGCACAAGCCUAGCAACGGCGCUCUCCGCGAACGCAACAACUCGCCCAACCGACGACUUAGCAAGAUUCCGUCAGCGGCGAAUCUGAUGGCAGCCAGCGGAGAGAACGGUUUACAACGCAAGAACUCGACCAAGGAUUCGGAUAGUUCCGUCAGCAAGCUUUCGAACAAGAACGUCCGCGGACGAACCCUAGUGGAGCUACAGCAAGCACGUGCCGGUGGUCGCCAGGCCGAGAACUCCAACGUCAGCCCCAAGCGCACCUUCAAGGAUCGUGCCGCUGAUCGAUACGCCGAGCCCGUCGCCGUCUGGGACCCUGAGAAAGACGAGAUGCCCAGCCCAUUUUUGGAGACAUCGUCACCCCGCGCUGCGCCCUUUCCCUUCACUAAACUGCCACCGGAACUUCGCAAGAAGACUCUCCGUAACGCCGUCUACAACAGCAGAGGCGUCGCCAUAGGUUUCAAGCCAUCCGCAGAGGACGGGAAGUACGGAGCGUACCGCCGUGGCGGUUACCUGAACCUGUUUCUUACAAGCUCCCAAAUGAACCGUGAAGCUUCACAACUCUUCUUCGAGGUCAACACGUUCCACCUCAAUGGCUACGGAGGCUCUGAAAUCAUUGAGUUUCUGCAAUUGGAACGGUACAGAUGGCCUCGCCUGAGAAUCCGCGACCUUGUUGUCGACCUGCCCAUUGUCCCUGACUUGCUGGGCAGGCAGUUCAUUAUUUACUAUCAUCGCAUCAUGGACAUGAUCGGUCACGGUACUCUGAAACGUCUUCACUUCCGGUUCCAAAAGACAGGCAUCGACUUGUCUCUGGAUAAGCACGUCCAAUGCCCAAAAGAGUGGAGCUUGACCAAGUCAACUCCAGAUAUCCCUGAUGUCGGAAAACUCCGCCUAUUUGAUCGUGUACCUGAGAUGUACACAAUGUUUCUACAGCGGUAUCGACAAGAACAUAAUCCCUCAAUCGAGUUCCUUGUCUAUGAUGACGUCGACGCCUUACCAUUUCAGAAGUUCCUGGAGCUGCUUCAAACUACGGAGCAAAGAAGCCUGCACGUCCGCGUUUCUAUACCGUGGCAUCAUCAACGGCUCUGGUGCGUCUUCCACAAACGGCCAAGAGGGUGCGGAAUGGCCAUUAGACCAUGGGUCCAGAAGAUUUGGGACGAGAGCGAGGCUUUUAAGCGCGAGGAAGUCAACAUCCCGCGCUUCGUUCGGGUAUUGAAAGAUGUGAAAGCCGUCGAAACCGGCCCCUGGCGCGCAGGCAUGGGAAUGCUCGAUGAUGAGCGUGAGUAG